CCAAAUGGAUCCAGUUUGCUUGUUAAAGGCCGGCCCGUCGGUAGUGUGAGCCAUGUGAACUUUUCUGACCAUGAUGUAAACAAAAUAACUGAUAUUUGUGUUUUAAUAAGUUCGUUUGAUACUGUGGUGUUUGAAGUAUGUGCUAAAGGGUGCUCCGCUAGAGGAUUCCGUGUGGAUUUUCGGAAGAGCUCUCGAUUAAUCGAAUCAUCAUCAUGGUGCCUGCGUAUUUAUUGCUCUUAGCUGCAUUCUCGCCAGUUUUAGCAGAUAUCGGGAUGAUGUUCAAGAAGUACCCUCAGCCGGUGGCAGCCCCAGUCGGUGAUGAAGUGGCUUUCGACUGCGUGGUGAACGUGCCCGGAGACAGGCUGGCAUGGCGAUGGAGGCCUGUGGAUGACCCUCGGUGGAGGGAUGCGAAUGGCACCACGGACAAGACUUCUACCAGGCUGACUGUCAAUGUUAAAGAGGAUACACCUACCUCGUUGUACCAGUGUGUGGUCUGGUAUGGCGGGAUCAGCCUGGUCUCAGUUCCCGCGCGCCUGUCAGUAGCGCGAGUGGAGCUGGGCAGCGUUCGCCCUAACACCAGGGUCAUCAGCUCUCCGCCACACAACACUGUUGUACUGCACUGUAAGGAGCCGGUGUCGGAGCCGCCUGCCGUCAUCACGUGGUGGAAAGAGAACAAGGGUUCAAAGAAGCCGCUGGAGACUCCUCACGGAGUGCUGGUGCUGCACAACGUUACGUCAGACGACAGCGGCAUGUACGGCUGUUCAGCAACCAACGAGCCCUCUGGGAGGACCGUGGACUUGCCCGAGAAAGUCCACCUGAAGAUCCAGCACGGGCAUAGUGAAGUCAAGUUCCUCGAAUCUGAAGAAUACGUGGGUAACAUAGACAACGACGGAGUCUUGACAGUGUCAGUACGACCGAGAGAAGUUCUACGGCUGUGGUGUGGGGCCGUGGGCUCGCCACCCCCACGCGUGGUGUGGAGCCGGGAGAGGAAUGGCCAGAUCCGCGGCAAACACGGCCACAUGCUCGUCAUUGAUCCUUUCACUGCUGAUGAUGAGGACGUCUAUUCCUGCUCUGCCAACGAAGUCCGUCGUUCAUGGAAAGUGAUUGCCCUCCAAGCCCCAUCCUGGGAGGGGUCAGCUCGGAACGUGAACGCCACGGAGGGAGGGGAGGCGCACAUCGCUUGUGGGAUCCCUCACGGACAACCACCACCAACCAUUACCUGGGUCCUAAACUCUGAACCAGUGCAGAGCUCUAAGGGCAAUAGGACUGCAGAUACAGAGCUGUUCAUCCGACCUGUAGAGAAGCGACACGCUGGCGUGGUACAGUGCUUCGCUUGCAACUCGCUCGGCUGCGCUUACGAGGCCGCCAUGCUGACCGUCGUGCCGAAGCAGAUAUCUGAGGACAUGGAUUAUUCAGCUGAAGCUCCCAAAACUAUGCACAGUGCGUUCCAAGCGCCGAAAAGACACAGAGGGAAAAAUCCAAGAAAACACAAAGUGGUGAUGAUGCCGCCGUCCAGGCCCAACGUCACCCGGUUGUCUGACACCAGCGUGAUGGUGUCGUGGACGCAGCCUAACCAUGGCUUGACUAUACAGUUUUAUAAGGUCCAGUACAAAGAAGUGUCCAACAUAAGUGACUCGUCGUGGCAGACGGGCAACUGGGACAUACAACCGCAUAUACACGCAUGUGAGGUGGACACCUUACACCCCAACAUUUACUACAAGUUCCGUAUAGCAGCCGUGUACUCCAACCAGGACAACAAACAAGGGCGGAGUUCCACACGAUUCCUGUUACAGCGUGGUGUAUCUCAUAUCCCACGCGCGCCGCAGCUCACGAGUGCAGAAGCUCUGUCACCACACACCAUACAGCUUAAUUGGACGUGGUCGAUCGGCGACAACAUGCAAGUCCAAGCCGAGGGCUUCUACAUAUACUACCGGGCGCUGGCUUCGGCGGGAAUCUACGACAAGGUGGCCAUCUCUGGAGGCGGGGCCAGGAGUUACGUGCUGUCUCAUCUGACGCCUGACACGGCCUAUGAGGCCAAAGUCCGAUCCUACACCACCCAGGCUGCGUCCGAGUUCAGCAGGAUUGUGGAGGCUAAAACACACAGGUCGACGAACGCCCCGACCACUACCACGGAAGCCCCGGUGGAAGACAUGAAGGGUUCCGCGCGGGCGCCAGAUCCUUUGGUCACGGCAGGUGGAGCCCUAGGAGCGGUGGCGCUGCUCGUCAUAUUAGCGGUGACGCUACUACUCUGUAGAAGGGCGAAGAGGCCUCCUGCUGACAAAGAGAAAGGAUCCGUGCCCGAGACCGGGGGCGCUAACGGCUACAUUCAAGCCAAGGUGCCCAUCACCAUUACUGCCAAUCCUAUGCACGCUGAGGGUGGCGAUGGAGGCGUGGAGAUGUCAUUCCUCCACAAUAAUAACUGCGGAAACAAUGGCAGCAACGACGACACACUACCCCACUCCAGGAAAAAUGGCCCCACCAAUCGACAGUACGUGUAAUCAUCCAGUAUUGCCAGAGAGCGUACUUCGGUACAUUGCUAUGUGGAAAAAUUCAAAAUGUGAUAUUAAAUGAGAGCCAUAUUCGAGGUGUUUACGGACUUGUAACAGUACAAAAUAUUAUUUAUAUAUUUACUUAGUAAAGUAAGUUUGAACAUGUAGAACAGGGUUGCGCUAUAAAAUAAGUGUUGCAGGUUACACGGAAUGUUACUUAACUGUUUCUUUUGAAGGUUAAGGCCCAUAUUCUUGCUUCGUUUUAUUAAAGUUUGCAAGGCGUAGGAUCCUUAAGGAUAUCUUAACACUUGACAAGAAGUUUGUUCAAGAGGACAAUUAACGUGAAGCGCUUCAGUGUUGUAAUUUCAACAUUCCUACUCUAAACAUUUUGAGAACCACGAGGGAGGCGGAAUUCCUUUUUUUAUUGUAGGGUUGACGGCACACCAGACUAUAAUAAUAUAUUAUGUUAUAAAAUAGCACCUAGCACAACUAGGUAAAGCGCCACAUAAUUAUUGGUUUGAUGUGCCUUCCAUACUUACAUGUACUGAAGAAAAAGGGUGUUAGAAGGGUUUGCCUAUGUAAAUUAGCUGGACUAAUGCCGCUCGCAUAUAAAAAUAUCAAACUUAACACAGCAUAGCUUAGCUUUUGCUAUAGCUCGCUCUUAAGCUUUGUCCAUAGUAGUGGCCAAAAUAAGUGUUUCCAAGCAUGACUCUCUAAAAAAAGAACCCGUCAUGCCUUGUCAUACCACUCAUAAGUUUAUUUUCCGCCCUUGUUCCCGAGUAAUUACUCUAUUUUGUGGACAGCCCUGAAGUGGACUGACGACUAGUGCUAAGACUAAUUAUUUAUUAAUAUUUACGACGCUAGAUGGCGUUAAUUAACAGCUUCAAACUUCUCCAUCGCGCGAUCUUUCAUUUAGCUAAUGAAUCUCAUUGAAUCUAACAUUACGAUAGCGGUAUAAUUCUACUACUUGCGGUAUAUGGCAAUGUACUUAAUAUGAUUUUUGUUAUUAAUUUUUGUUAGACGUUAUUUAGUUAUUAUUUCAGUGGAAGUGUGAAAAUUUUAUUUGUUUAUUCAUUUAUGCAUUUUUAUUUUGACUGCUUUCUGACUUUUCCUAAGGUUGUGAUGGACCCAGGCAUUUAAAUGUAAUAAUGACAUUAACUUUAGUUAAAUAAACAUACCUACCUGAUAGGUAACGACUGCUUAUUUUACUAAUUUGUUAUCUAGCAGGUAUUUAAGUGUAUCUGUUGGUAAUAUAAAAUAAUUAAUUUAAAACGUAGCAUGUACGACAAUGUGAAUACUACGAAAUGUUUAGUAUUAUAUUUUAUCACAAGUAACCUAGCUCGUAAGCACGCUAUACAUUAUUUACAUAAAUAAGCACAUAAAUAAAACCGAAAACUUAAAUGUAUGACAAUGUCACUGAAACAAAUAUUUAAGCUAAUAAGUAUAGCAAUCGUAAGAGAUAGACAUCAUACCCAUCUGUAUUUAUUUGCUCAUUUUUUAUUAAACUGACGAUAUUAAAGUGUAUCUAGAUAAUAUUUGAGCUGAAGAUAAUGUAAGAUCUUAAUCUAUUGCCACUGAAUGUAUAGUUUCUAAUAGAUCACUUAAUU